AUGCGUGUGGUAAAUGUAAAUUACAAGCACAAGCAUGAUCUCGAACCAACUGCGCCCUAUAAUGCCUACUAUCCGUGGGAUUGGCAGCACCAUUGGAGCUACUAUGUGGUUUAUCUGUCGCAGAGUUUCGCCGGUUGGCAUGCAGUAAGCGCGCAAGUAGCGCUCGAUUUACUACUCUGUGCAACGGCAACACAGCUAAUAAUGCACUACGAUCACAUUGCACGCACCCUGGAGAAGUGCAAACCGAAAUUUGCUGAGGCACGUGAAAAUACUAAGGGACCCCAUUUGGCGAGAGUGGCUAUGGAGUUGCGUCUAUUUGAUGAGGAUAAGCGGUACAUUGCCGGUGUUGUUGCUUACCAUGUGGAGGUGUUGAGGCUAUCUGAUUUAAUGAACGAUUUCUUUGGUGUAUCCCUUUUUAUCAACUUGUUCACCUCGUCGGCAAUUAUUUGUUUUCUCGGAUUUCAAAUUACCGUCAGCCGAGAACUCGACUUUACUAUUAAACUGGCAGUUUUCUUCGUAGUCUCUUUAAUGCAAGUAUUUCUAAUCUGUCAUUUUGCACAACAACUAAUCGAUUCGAGCACAAAUGUUGUGAAAGCUGUACAAUUCCAUGAAUGGACUCAAGCUGAAGUUCGUUAUCAAAAAAUGCUUGUGCUGAUAACUGCGCGUGCUCAGAGGCCAGCAUACUUGAACGCGACCAGCUUAUGGCCCAUAUCUCGGGAAACCAUUACCUAUAUUAUGAAACUGUCUUAUAAAAUUUUUGCACUCAUAAGGACUAUGUAUUAUGAUUGA